AAACGUAUGUACAGCCACAUAACCAAAAUCCCAAGUGUGCAAAAAAACGCUUAAUCUGGAACCCUUUUGACCCUGCACUUUUCCGCUGAAUGAUGCAAAAUGAAGCAGGAGUUGGAUUCCGCAGAAAAACCCCUCUCUCUCUCUCUCUCUCUCUCUCUCUCUCUCUCACUCACGGGUCAUCCCUGAAAAACGCCCGCUUUGAGCUUUCAACUGCCAAAGGGGACGGAGAAACUACUCUUCUUGAUGGUAUCAGAAAAAGCCGUGAGCAGAACUGCCCUCAUCUUUCUUGAAAAUCUGCAUGUUGUUGAAUUUACACUUCAUUUCAUUCGAAUUCUCUCUCAAUUUAACUCUCACUAUAAAAUCCUCACGAAUUCUUGUACGAUUUCAUUGAUAUGGAAAAACAUACCAUUUUGUGUUCCCUGUUUUCUUCUGUAGUUUUUUUCUUCCCUCCAACUUGUGAUGGGUUCUUUUUCAGUUUCUUCGUUGUUUUGAUGAAUAAAUGAUAACCCAUCUCCCUUUUAUGGUUAUCUUUGAGACCCAUGUUUCUGAUUUGAAAAAAAAAAAUUGGAAAUCUUCUCAAAUAGGGAGCCUUUCAUUUGGUUUUCACUUUCUCCCUAGAUUUUGAGGGAUGGUUCUUUCUUUGUCGUUGAUUUGAUCAAUAAAUGAAAACCCAUUUCCCUUUUGCUCUUUCCAUUGGGACCCAUGUUUCAUAAUCAGUUCAUGCACUUCUUGAAAUCAAUUCACACAUUCAGAAGGAAAACCCCUUUUGAUUGUGUUUUUGAAGCCAUGUUUUUGACAAUCUUGUAGUUCGAGGGGAUAGGAUGUUAGUAUAUGGUAGAUUACUAAGAGAGCCAAUCUCCUAUCCAUAGGAGUUGAACCCUAAACCUCACGCUCCAAAGGAGUGCUACCAUUGGGCCAAACCCUAAGGUCGUUCGAGGGGCUUUUCAAUGGCUAGCUCUUGUUUCAAGCCAUUUCGACUGAAAAAGUCGAAGGAAAAGCAAUUGCCAACCCCUUUUUGGAAAACCCAAAUGAAUUCUGAGUUGGAAAAGAUGGAAAAGAAGAGAUUUGACAGUUUGGAAUCAUGGUCAAUGAUUUUGGAUUCUGAUAAUGUUGAGACUUGGGAGGCUUCAUCAUCAUCAAAGGAAGAUAAAGAGGAAUGGACUGCGGACCUUUCCCAGCUGUUUAUUGGGAAUAAGUUUGCUUCUGGGGCCCACAGCCGGAUUUACAGGGGGAUUUACAAGCAGAGGGCAGUGGCAGUGAAAAUGGUGAGGAUUCCUACUCACAAGGAGGACACCAGGGUUUUGCUUGAACAGCAGUUCAAGUCUGAAGUUGCCUUGCUUUCACGUCUCUAUCAUCCCAACAUAGUGCAGUUCAUUGCAGCUUGCAAAAAGCCUCCUGUGUAUUGCAUCAUCACUGAAUACAUGUCACAAGGAAAUCUAAGGAUGUACCUCAACAAGAAAGAGCCAUACUCACUUUCAACCGAAACAAUUUUGAGGUUGGCCCUCGAUAUAUCUCAUGGAAUGGAGUAUCUUCAUUCGCAAGGGGUGAUCCACAGAGACCUUAAGUCAAAUAACUUGCUUUUAAAUGACGAGAUGAGGGUUAAGGUUGCGGAUUUUGGUACUUCGUGUCUAGAAACACAAUGCCAAGAAUUGAAAGGGAACAAAGGGACUUACCGGUGGAUGGCCCCUGAGAUGAUCAAGGAGAAAGCAUACACUCGGAAAGUUGAUGUGUACAGUUUCGGGAUCGUGCUGUGGGAGCUCACCACAGCUUUGCUUCCAUUUCAGGGAAUGACCCCUGUGCAGGCUGCCUUUGCUGUGGCUGAGAAGUCAUCAUUGCUCUUUGUGAGUCCCAGAAAUUGGAGGAAUUCUCGAUGCUUAGUGGCGUUUUAUUUAUAACAUUGGCAGAACGAACGACCACCGCUGCCUCCUAGCUGUCAACCUGCACUUGCGCACCUCAUCAAACGUUGCUGGGCAGCAAACCCAUCUAAGCGACCGGAUUUCACCAACAUUGUGUCGACUUUGGAGAAGUACGAUGCGUGUGUGAAGGAGGGCCUCCCACUUUCUUCCCAUUCAGGGUUGGUCAGUCGUAACGCCAUUCUUGAACGUCUGAAAGGCUGCGUAUCCACUAGCUCAUCUAUACCUGUACAUACCUAACUCUCUAUCAAGAGUUCCAAUAUUAUAUUCUGUCUUUUCAGAUGUAAAUAUUUCAUAGAUGUCACAACUCUAUAUCAUCAAGUCCAGGGACACAGAAACCGAUCACAGAAUCAAGCUACAAGCCGUGUCUUUAGUCGGUUUCUGCAUCAUGUAGAUUCGUUACUUGUAUUUAUUUGAUUCAAUGAUGUUUGUAUAACUUCAUUCUGAAGGUCUGAGGUAUGGCACUGAUCUGGUGAUUGUAACCGCCUUUAGUUUUUACUAGAAACUUAAUUGAAGGUGACACGUACUAUCUUCGCUUUACUAUAGUAGGUUUAGUAGGUUUCAAUGUAAGUACGACUUCAUAAUGUUGUUUGACAUUGUAUUCAUGCAAUGAAAUGAUUUUUUUUUUCUUUUC